AUGGCGGUGCUUUUGCCUGCUUGGGAGUAUGAAUUUGUGAACAUGGCAACUGAGAAUCAUUUAUUUGCUAUUGCGAUGCAAAUUGUGAUGAUCAAUGGUGGUGGUGGGAAAACUGAACAAGACAAUCAUGAAGGUGUUGAUUCUUUACCAUCUCAAGAGUUGAAAAAACUAGCUAAUGGGAAUAGCAAGAUUCCUGGUACAUUAGAUGACUAUAGAAAGCUUGUAGUUCCAAUAAUUGAGGAGUAUUUUAGUACAGGAGAUGUGGAAUUUGCAGCUUCUGAGCUAAGGGGUCUUGGAUCUGAUCAGUUUCAUUAUUACUUUGUGAAGAAGCUCAUAUCUAUGGCAAUGGAUCGCCAUGACAAAGAAAAAGAAAUGGCAUCAAUUCUGUUAUCUUCUUUGUAUGCUGAUCUACUGAGCUCCUACACAAUCAGUGAAGGUUAUAUGAUGCUUCUGGAGUCUACAGAAGAUCUGACUGUUGAUAUACCAGAUGCUACUGAUGUCUUGGCAGUUUUUAUUGCACGGGCUAUUGUUGAUGAAAUUUUACCUCCUGUUUUCCUCACUCGAGCUAGAGCACUACUUCCAGAAUUUUCCAAAGGCAUUCAAGUUCUGCAGGUUGUUCAAAAGAGCUAUUUGUCAGCUCCCCACCAUGCAGAGUUGGUCGAACGCAAAUGGGGUGGAAGCACACACUUUACUGUAGAAGAAGCAAAAAGGAGGAUUCAGAAUAUUCUCAGAGAGUAUAUUGAGAGUGGAGACAUAGAUGAAGCCUUUAGGUGUAUAAGAGAGCUUAGCCUUCCGUUUUUCCAUCAUGAGGUUGUGAAGCGUGCUCUCACCUUUGGUAUGGAGAACAUAUCCUCGCAGCCAUUAAUCCUUAAGUUAUUGAAGGAGGCAGCUGCAGGUUGCUUGAUCAGUCCUAAUCAAAUCUCAAAGGGUUUUUCUCGACUAGCUGAGGGUGUUGAUGACCUGAGUCUUGAUAUUCCUUCUGCUAAAGCUCUUUUUGACAAGCUGGUUUCAACAGCUAUAUCUGAAGGAUGGCUUGAUGCUUCUUUUGGUAAAUCUGCUGCCCCUGACGAAGAGAUGCAAAAUACAAGUGCUGUAAAGGUGAAGCGUUUUAAAGAAGAAUCUGGCCACAUAAUUCAUGAGUAUUUUCUCUCAGACGAUGUCCCAGAACUUAUUCGAAGCCUUGAAGAGCUCUCUGCUCCAGAAUUCAAUCCCAUUUUCCUCAAGAAGCUUGUCACACUUGCUAUGGACAGAAAGAGUAGAGAGAAGGAGAUGGCCUCUGUACUCCUUUCUUCACUGAGAUUAGAAUUGUUUUCGACUGAAGACAUCAUGAAGGGGUUUGUAAUGCUCUUGCAGUCAGCCGAAGACACUGCCCUUGACAUUGUGGAUGCUCCAAGUGAACUUGCCCUCUUCCUAGCUAGGGCAGUGAUUGAUGAAGUAUUAAUUCCGCUGAAUUUGGAUGAAAUCAGCAUUAAGCUUCGCCCGAACAGCAGUGGUAGCCAAACUGUUCAGAUGGCCCGUGCCCUACUGUCAGCUCGCCACUCUGGUGAGCGGAUACUGCGGUGCUGGGGUGGUGGCACUGGAUGGGCUGUGGAAGAUGCCAAGGACAAGAUCACUAAGCUCUUGGAGGAAUACAACACGGGUGGUGACCUGGGAGAAGCCUGCAGAUGCAUCCGUGAUCUUGGGAUGCCCUUCUUCAACCAUGAGGUGGUAAAGAAGGCACUAGUCAUGGCGAUGGAGAAGCAGAAUGACACCAGCAUCUUGGCCCUGCUGCAGGAGUGUUUUGGUGAGGGGCUGAUAACCAUCAACCAGAUGACUAAAGGUUUUGCUCGUGUCAAGGAAGGCCUUGAUGAUCUGAUCCUCGACAUCCCGAAUGCCCAGGAGAAGUUUGGAGAGUAUGUGGAGCUCGCAACAGAGCGCGGCUGGCUGCUGCCGACCUUCGCCUCCAUUCCCUGA